UAGGCUGUUUUAUAGAUAGCAUUGCAAUCAGAACGUUCCCCGUUCACGAAAACCAGCAUCAACUGACUCUACCAGAAAUUCAAAACCUAGACCAGAGUAUGCAGAGCUUUUAUCUUGUUGUUUCGGGCCUUUUGGUCCUCCUGAAGGUCAGCCUCGCAACAGAAUGUGCCUACAGCGAUCUAAUAAAUGCUGAUUGUUAUGGCCACGACAUUGUUCACUUGAAACUGAAUCUCGAGCAAUGUAAGGAUGCCUGUGAUAAGAACUGCAAAUGCAAGUCCAUCCAUGCCCGCCUUGGUAACUGCUGGCUGAAGAAUUACGUGUGCAAUGACACAGAGCUGACGAAUAAAGGAAUAAAUCACUAUGCCCAGUUCACAAAGAAAAAUCCAUUGGAUGUCUGUAAACCUGUGAAAUGCGAAUACGGCAAACCCAUCAACGCCGACUGUUACGGUCACGACAUCAAACACUUCAUUGGUAUGGACCCCACGCAAUGCCAGGCUAAGUGUGACAAGCGAUGCGACUGUGUGUCAAUCCACGCCCGCUACAAUCACUGCUGGAUCAAAAACCAUGUUUGCAAUGAUACCGAGCUCAUUCGCAAGGGUCAGAAGGACUACGCGGAAUGGAACAAGGGGAAAUGCACGUACUAGGUUUGAGUCUUCUGCCAGAGGAUCACCGAAAUUCGUCAACCAUUGUCAAACAUUGUCGCUGUUUCUGUAAUUUUCGGUGCACAAUGUGCAAAUUAAAGAGACGAGU